CGUGCCGAGCGUGGGGUCCCAAUCAACAGCCGAUCGCCCGCAAAACGAGUAGCAGCUCCAGCAAGGCAGGCGAGCAGAUUGGAUCGUCGAAUUCGCAAGCGCAGGCGAGAUCUCCUGCACGCGUUCGAUUUUCGCGUUACUGAAGAUACGAUAUGAGCUCUCUGGAGAGUGUGAGAGGAGAUCUUUCUCUGGUUAUUUUAUACCUAAACAAGGCUGAAGCAAGAGAUAAGAUUUGCAGAGCGAUACAGUAUGGAUCAAAGUUUCUGAGUAAAGGAGAACCAGGUCCUGCGCAGAAUGUCGACAAGUCAACUAGUCUAGCGCGGAAAGUUUUCAGGCUUUUUAAGUUUGUCAAUGAUCUGCAUGCUUUAAUUAGUCCUCCUGCCAAAGGAACUCCACUUCCACUUAUCUUACUCGGAAAGUCGAAGAAUGCACUGCUGUCAACUUUCCUCUUUCUGGAUCAAAUUGUGUGGGCAGGGAGGACAGGAAUAUACAAGAACAAGGAGCGAGCGGAGUUCCUCGGCCGGAUAGCAUUUUAUUGCUUUCUGGGCUCUAAUACCUGCACAACCAUUAUAGAGCUAGCUGAGCUUCAACGAUUAUCCAAAUCAAUGAAGAAGUUAGAGAAGGAGCUUAAACACCAACAGUUGUACAAGAACGAGCAAUAUCGAAUGAAGCUGCAGAAGUCCAACGAGAGGCUUCUUGCUCUCAUCAAAUCGAGCCUCGACAUAGUUGUCGCUGUGGGACUACUGCAGCUGGCUCCGAAGAAGGUCACCCCUCGCGUCACUGGGGCGUUUGGUUUUGCUAGCUCGCUGAUUGCCUGCUAUCAGUUGCUUCCAAGCCCAUCCAAGAGCAAGUGAUCUAAUCUACCUGGGGGCAGUUGGUGCAUCACCUAUUGAUAGAAUCUUCGUCGACAAGAAAUAAAUCCUGAUAAAACAGACCGUGUAGAAGUCAAACUGGCGCAAGAAAUAAAUCCUGAUAAAACUGACCACCCAAGCUGGUGCUACGGUCAUGAUACUGUUUGGUAGACUUCUAUUGACUUGAUUAUAAUCCUUUGUGGUUGCUGUAUGAUCCGGUUUGUAGCUUCAGGUGCAGUGGUUUGUCGACAACUAAGAAAUGACAGAUGAUGCAUUGGGUGUCACUGGUUAACAUUCCAAGUAUUGUACUCCUGCAUCUAUUUAAUCUUGUGGAGUAGUAGUUGUUGGAAAGUUGAAA